GUAAGCCGAAUUAUCUAUUAGCGGUUCCUGGUUGUGAUUUACUCAUUUACGUACGGACAGUUAUCACUGAAAUACUUUAAAAACGUAAGAAAACUUAAAAACGUGACAAUUAUCAGGGGAGUUCGGCGAUUCUUCAGGAGCGUCUUUAUUUCUGAUUCCUCAUGGGAUUUAUGGACCUUUUUUACGAGAUGGACAUCGAAGAUAAUGAUAUUCUCAUGAAGGAGGAAAACAAAAGACAGGAUGGAGCAGAGGACGAGUCCUUCGCAGGGAGGUGAUGGAAAGGUCAGGUCACCUACGCCGACGCACUGAAAUACCACAGCUCGCCCGGGGCUCGUCAUCGCCCCUGCUGCAGUUUGUGACAAGUCGCGGGGGACAAGAUCGAUCAAUUUUGGCGACGAGAGGAAGGAGGCGUCUCGACCCAAGAAGAAGUUCCUGGCUGCUGACGUGAGCAAAAUGCACGACAUCCUGUCGAAGAACAUGUACAAGAUCAGACAGAAGACGAUGGCUUACACCAACAAAUACAAUCUGCCCGACGACAGCAAAACGAGGGAGAUUCUGAUCCGCCGCCACGCCAGCAUCAGACGCAGCCUUCGUGCGUCAAGUUUCCGUGAGCUGCCUGCGCAAAACAUCUCCAGGUCUCAGAAGUACUUCUCUCUCCAGCCUGGAGGGGAUCUGGAGACCGCUUUCGCCCUCCGAAGACGAAGUCAUGGUGGAAGUGGUGACGUGGACAAUCCGUCAGCUCGUGUCCAGUCCUCUAAUGUGACGCCGCGCUCCUCAAGCCGUUCUCUGGUUCCUAUGAGGAGGCUGAACACCAUCGAGGAGCAGCCAGCAGCCUCCGCCCGCCCACACUCUCUACCUCCUGGGGUGGAUGUUCUGAACGAAGGGGGACCUGGAAGUCUUGGAGGUUCGAGCCUCAGAGGCAGGAGGACGCCAGUUCCUGCAUCCAGGAGGCGUAUUUCGGAUCAGGUAGCCAUAGAUGAAGACUCUGACCCUACAGGAGAAACGGAGGAACCAGUGCGGCCUCCUCAGCUACCACCACCUCGUGGCUGGGUACCCGAGAACCAGGAUCCCAGAGAGGGGGCAGGAAACCCCCUUCUUAGACAUUCUUAG